UACCCAUGCUCUAUGUCAGUGAUGGCCAAACUUGGCCCUCCAGCUGUUUUGGGACUACAAUUCCCAUCAUCCCUGACCACUGGUCCUGUUAGCUAGGGAUGAUGGGAGUUGUAGUCCCACGUUUGGCCAUCACUGCUCUAUGUUAAUGAUGCUGGGACCUGACUAAAAUUAUGGGUUCCUCACAUGGAGUCAGGAAUGCAAAGGACAUCGAAUGGACCGAGAAAGAUACAAGUCAUGUCACUUAGCAAUUUGGUUAAUGAUUGGAGAGGCUCCAAUUUCCAUUGGCCAGUCUCUUCCUCUCUGAUUGAUUGGUCCUUACAGGCUUGUUCCUGAUUGGCAGGAAGAAGGCCACACCUCCUCUUGGCCACUAUUUAAAGCUUAGGCAGAAGAAGGAAGACUUACUUGUUUUUGUGUUUGUCAGCAGCUGAGCCAUCAAACCUUCACAAUGGAUGCUGUAAGUUGUCCAGAGGGAGUGGGCACUGUUUGGGGUAUGAGAGGAGUUUAGUUUGUUCUUUAAUGUUAGAUAGGGUCAGCUGGUAAGCAUUUUAGCUUACUGUUUAAUCUUCUUAAGUAUAUUUGGAAGUCAGCCUGGUAGAAUUGAUGGAGGCUUAUUUCUAAGUGGACCUGAGAGAUUGCAGCCUUAAUGAGUCGGGGAACAUAGGUUGCCAGUUCUGUGUCAAUAAUAGGUUUCUGUAGCUCAUUGUGGCAUGCCCAUAUCUAAGGAUUCUUGAAAGUUGCUCUAGCAAAACCUCCUUAAAACCGUUCUCCCCAAAAGCUCCGCUGCUGGACAGAAUGCAAAAGGAACUAGCAAUCCAAUUGUGUCUGGGUCUACGAGGUUGCAAAUCCUAUUGUACUUCUGUGUACUUCUGGGUGUAAACGUGGGGUUAGAAUUGCAGCCAGUGGUGGUAGUUUCCUAGUUCCUUGUCGUAUGGGUCAAGGUGGAUGAACUGUUCAUAGCUGCAGCAGUUCCUUCUGAAUGAAGGCUAGUAUUACAUAGUACUUCGAGCUCAAAGAACUGCCCUGGCCCUGCCAUUUAGGCCAAGUGACAUUCCAGCCUCAGGCAAUUGACGCUGGGCGUUGAGAAAGGGUAGCAAUUUCACGGGAUCUAACUUCCCGUAUCUCCUUACUGCUAGAAAAGGGAAAGGUUCCUUUAAAUUGUUAGAGGUGGCCGGCUGUGCGUAAUUUGCUUUGGGCAACAAAAUGUAUCUUUCACGGUCAUUCCUGUUUUUGCUCGGUAGAGGAUGAGACUCUUAAUCUCGGGGUCAUCGGUGGGUGAAAAAUUCUUGCACUGCAGGGGUUGGACUAGAUGACAUUCAUGGUCCCUUCCAACUCUACAAUUAUGUUUAUCCAUGAGUUGAUUAUGAACAGAAGGAGUCAAGGCUACGGCAGUUACUCAUGCCUUCAGAGUAGUUCUUUGCUGAUAUAACGGCUGGUAAUAAACAAAUUUAAUUAUUGUGCUGUGGGUGUUACCUGGUAUGCCAUCAGAAAUUAUUUGGCGGUGCAGAUAGAUCUUAAAUUGCUUAAAGCUCUCUGGACUUCAUUUUAUUGUUUUCCCAUUUAGAUAAUGCCUAUUACUUAAAUUCACUUCAAAAGGUAGCAAAGCAACUCUGCUGGGUUUGGGGCCUUCCGGCAUAUUCCACAGAGUGUGGCCCUGAAUCUCUGCCCGAAGGUUUUCCCCGAUGAUGCCACUGGGCUUACUAGGGGUUGUACAUGUUCUCUGUUGCUCUGCAAGCCAUGAUACCACAUGGGAGACUUCUGGGUAGGAGGAUGCCAGCCAUUGUCUGGUUUGGCCUUGAGGAGGGCAGAGGCCUUGUGAGCAAAACGGAAAGGCAAACGCUUAGCUAUAGCUCCUCAUUUGCGCCCGGGAAAGGGAGUGGGAGUCAAACAGACACUCAAGGAAUAGUUUUGGAGAAAAAGCUUUAUUUCUACCAUCCAUGAACUGGUAGAAGGAGCAAGUGUGAUAACUCACAAACAAGCACAAGUUCACAGUCAUUUGCAGAGAGUAUAUAUUCCCCUUCCAGUUCCCUCCCCUUUCUCCUACUCUUCAGGAGUCCUGCCCCAUGUUGAGUUUCCUGAGCAUGUACAGAAAGCUCCUGUCUUUGGGAAGGGGUGUGUGUGAGAAGCCAAGGGGGUGGGUCGAGGAGUCUCGCAGUUCAGCAUGUCCAAGAUGUUGCAACUGAAUGAGAUAAAAGUCAGUUCUCAGGCUUGCUUGACAGAGUCUAUUCAUUAGCUUUUUGAAGCCUUCUUGUACUGAUAAAAGUAACAGUUUGCCUAUGCAUCUUGUGAGAAAACAGAGGAAAACUUUAGCUGUGGAUUUUUAGAAGAGAGAAAGGAAUUUUGGACAGUUUUGAGGCCUGGUUGGGUGUGUGUGACUUCAGGCCUAGGUGUGGUCACCUGUCCUCACCUCCUUCAGUUCCUUUUCCCUUCCCCUUCCAUGCUUGUAGAAUUAAGUUCCCAGGUUUCUUGGGAAGGGUGUGUGUGUGUGUUUCCUAACACACCCCUAAAAGGAGUGUGGGCACCAUCCAUAACAUGGCUGUUGUGGUGGGUUUGGGAUAAUGCAAAAUGGUGCCUGUAGAAUUGUGGCGCAAUACAAGAUGGCGGUGGUGGUGCAGCAUAUCAUAAUGCAAAAUGGUCGCCACAUCUGAAAGACCAGAAGCGGAACAUAGCUGUCAACAUUUCCCUUUUUUAAAGGGAAAUUCCCUUAUUCCAAAUAGGAUUCCUUGCAAGAAAAGGGAAAAGUUGACAGCUAUGGACCAGAACAUGAUAUGGACAUGUCCCCUCCAUCAAUGGAAAUAAUGGCCACCGCCCCCACUUGCUCACAGAAAGAAGCCUGUUACAUGUCUCCUUCAUUCGGAAUAGGUGGAUAUCUAAUUCUGGAACCCAAUGAGCUGUGUGCAUGUUUAAGGGUUGUGUGUUCAAUAAUAGAGAGGCCAAGCCAGUGGGGGGUGGGGACAAGGAAACAAUACUUCAUUGAUUAGGGUGCAGCUGGGCCAUUUCUGGGAACUGCAAAUAUUUGCAGGGAGUUUCUUCCAAGAGAAACUGGAGUGGAAAUGGUUCCCCUUUCCAGAUAGGAAUGACAGUGGAGAAGAUGUUACCUGUGUGCAUUCUAAUGCUCUUUUUUUCUGCCUUUCCUCCAGCAAAUAGUUUUUCGGCGCUUGUCAAUCAAGCCUGGUGAAUGCAUCAUAGUGAAGGGGAAAGUGCUUCCAAAGGCCGAGAGGUUUGUGUUGUUGAAGGUGGGCUGGUCUAUUUUUGUUGGUGCAAAAAAAACCCAAAACCACAACACAUAUAGAAAGGAGAAUUCCUGAAUGCCAAGCUCUAAGUUUGGGGCAAGUACUCUUUGGUGAAGGAACUCCAGCAGAGAUUUAAAGUCACAAAAUAUGCAGCAAAGCAGAGCGUGGAAAUACAGGCUGUAUUUAAAAUAUGCCCCUCCAAAAUGUCCCCUUAAAAAAAUUCUUUCCAAAGUUUCUCUUCCCCCUGCAUAAGAAAAGACCACAUGUUUGGUAUGUUAUAAAUGGCUUACUUACAAACUCUCCAAAGGUCAGAUUCAUGUGCUUCAGAAAAGUUGCACAGGCAGUAAAACUUAGCUUGGUUACAAAGUGGUGAAAGUGCCUAAAUUAUUGGUAUAGGAACUCAAUCAUGGUUUAUGAGAGCCAUGCUGUUGGAGCAACCAAUACAUUACUGGAAUGAUAAGGUAAAAAAUACAGUACAACCAUAUAUUUUUAAUUAGUAAUCUAACCAGCCACUGAUGCUGAUCACUACUAAAGGAUGCUUAGUUUAACUUUCCUUAAGAAUUAUUAGAUGCUAUUUUUGUGUGCUUUUAUGGGCUCCUCCAGAUGAACUGUCCAUCCUGCUUUUCAAAGCUUACGUGGAGCUUAUACAAUGCCUGCUCUUUAUUGAGCGUUUGUUCUGACUGUGGAGGCAAAGCAUAGCUUUUUUGGGGGGGUUACAUAUCUUCCCAUUAAUCAUUAUCUGACUCCUCUGAGUACAAGCAAGUUAAACGGUCCCAUGAUCACCACCACCAGUCUGUUAAAGGACUUGAAAGAUGCAGUCAAAAAGCUUCAGCAGUGGCUUAGCGUGGGUUGGCAGUGCCUGGGGCCACAUGGAGGGGGUGAGAGGGAGGUAAAUGGAUGUAGUACGCAUGCACAUUCAACUGCUUAACGACAUCCGCAUCACAUGGGAGAUCUGCAGAGAUGAGAAGAGUUGACUUCCUUUGUCUGCAGAGGUCACUUCCUGGUUCACAUGGAGAAGUUGCGACAGAAGCACACAACUGUAUUGAGGCAGCACCGGGUGGUGAAAUUUGCGCCCCGGAUAACUGCCCCCACGCUACACCACUGCCAAACAGGACUUUAGCCAAGUCACAAACCCAGGCUAGGUUCUUGUCAAUCAGCAACAGUAUCCUACUUCCAAUAUCACCAUAACAAUAGAAUCGUUAGUCUUUGUCUCUGCCAGCUUCUGCUAAUCCACCUUGUGAGUGUUUGUCUCAUGUGGUCCUCCUCUCUUUCCAGCUUUUCCCUCAACUUGUACCACAAUGAUUCAGACAUAAUCUUCCACUUCAAUCCUCGCUUUGAAAUCAACACCAUUGUAUGCAACUCAAGGAAGAAUGGGCAGUGGGAGUUGGAGCAGCGGGAGUCGGUGUUCCCUUUCAAGCAGGGAGAAGACACCAAGGUGAGCAGGAAUAGCCUCAGCACUGCCAUAACUUCAAGGAGAGGCAGUGGUCAUUCCUGGAUUGGGGGGCUCCUUGGGCACUGGGGACUUCAAAAUAAGUUGGAUCCUUGCUCCAUCUCUCUCAGCACUGCCUUCGCUACCUGGCAUUGACUCUCCUGGUAUUAAGUAGUGAGCGGACAUAGCAGAUGACAGAGAUUUCUCCAAGUAGUUCUUUAUAAGUAAACUGGAACUGAACUGCACUGCAAACAGCUCAGCCGGCCUGCUUUUAUAGGCAGCUGACUGUCAACAUUGUAGCAACAACAGCCCAAGGUUUCUCACCUAAAGUAACUGACGUGGACCUGAGUGAAAACUAUAUACACAAUACCCCCUGGUGGCCAGGGUGAGAACUUCAAUACAUAACACCUGGGUUUCAGGGAGAGGCUACCUGAAGAUUCUGAAAAACUGAACCCAGGUCUUCUGCAUGUGAUAUGGUUGCUCUUUCCCCUGGGCUAAAGCAUCCUCAGAAGGGCUGCUAACCAGAUAGGAAUGUAAUGAAAUAAUUCUCUUGUGCUGCUUCUGCCUUUUUGAGGGUGUUCUGAAGUGAAGUAUGAUCAUUUGUGGUGAAUCUCUCUCUCAAUUUCGGCACACAAUUUCUUAUAAUAAUUUAUUAUUUAUACCCCACCCAUCUGGCUGGGCUUUCCCAGCUACUCUGGGCGGCUUCCAACAAAAGAUUAAAAAUACAUCAGUCAUUAAAAACUUUCCCAAACAGGGUUGCCUUCACAUGCCUUCUAAAAGUCAAAUAGUAGUUGUUCUUUGACAUCUGAUGGGAGGGCGUUCCACAGGGUGGGUGCCACUACCGAGAAGGCCCUCUGCCUGGUUCCCUGUAACUUGUCUUCUCUUAUUGAGGGAACUGCCAGAAGACCCUUGGAGAUGGACCUCAGUGUCCGGGCAGAACGAUGGGGAAGGAGACGCUCCUUCAGGUAUACCAGACCAAGGCUGUUUAGGGCUUUAAAGGUCAGCACCAACACUUUGAAUUGUGCUCAGAAACAUAUUGGGAGCCAAUGUAGGUCUUUCAGGACCGGUGUUAUGUGGUCUCGGCGGCCGCUCCCAGUCACCAGUCUAGCUACCGCAUUCUGGAUUAGUUGUAGUUUCUGGGUCACCUUCACAGUUAGCCCCACACAGAGUGCAUUGCAGUAGUCCAAGCGAGAAAUAACUGGAGCAUGCACCACUCUGGUGAGACAGUCCGGUAGGCAGGUAGGGUCUUAGCCUGCGUACCAGAUGGAACUGGUAAACAGCUGCCCUGGACACAGAAUUGACUUUCACCUCCAUGGACAGCUGUGAGUCCAGAAUGACUCCCAGACUGCGUACCUGGUCCUUCAGGGGCACAGCUACCCCAUUCAGGACCAGGGAAUCCUCCACACCUGCCCGCCUCCUGUCCCCCCAAAACAGUACUUCUGUCUUGUUAGGAUUCAAUCUCAAUCUGCUAGCCGCCAUCCAUCCUCCAACUGCCUCCAGACACCCCCUGCAAUGCAGGCAUCUCAACACAUGGUUUCCCAUCCAAUUUGAAACCAGACCAGACCCUGCUUAGCUUUUCCAAUAUUCUAGCAAUUUUAUUGCUGCACCACUAGAGGGAAAGAAAGGAUAGAUGUGUUUUGAUGUGAAAAGCAUCAAUUAGCUGGUUUUUUUAUUAGUGUUAAAAAAGAGGGUUGCCUCCAUGUCCUGUUUACAGUAGACCCCUUAAAAUGAAUGAGCUCAAUUUUUCCAUGCCUAUUAAUUCAGGGGGCCUAACCUAAGUAGAACUGGCUUUGGCUACAACUCUGAAUUUCUCUCCCCAACCUUAACUUCUACAGCCAAAUGAUGAGUGUCAUGGUUUCAGGUUGAACUGCCCUAACAGAACCCCUCCAAACAAAAUUGGUCAGGAGGUGUAAUUGCAAGGGUGAUAGUAGUUUAUUUAUUCCCCCCCCUCUCUCCAUUAAUCUACUCCUGUUUGGGCCAUAAAUCACUUGGAAGCAUCUAAUUGCCUCUUUCCAAGGCACAACCCAUGAACCUAACUCCUUGACUCUUCUUCUUCCCAGAUCUCUUUGUCCUUUGAUUCCAAGGAAGUGACUUUGAAGAUCAAAGGGGGCCAGGAAGUCAAGUUCCCUAAUCGGUUUGGGGUGGAUUCUGCAAAAAUAUUCUCGGUGGAGGGAGACUUUGCGAUCACAAGUGUUGAGUUUGACUGAAAUUCAGCCAUGUCUUAUUUUGUAUGCCUAUAGAAG